AUGUCUCUAAGUUACGCCUCAACUCUCAACAAUUCUAUCAAAUGCAGAAUACUCCCCAAUAUCACCAAUGGCCAAUUUCACCUGGUUCGCCUGCUUGAAUUCGAGAACCAGUCUCAAUGGAUCGCACGAAUUCAACUGUGUAAGUCUACAGAAAGAUUGGCCAAAAAGCUGCAAAGGGAGGUGGAUUCAAUGGCAACUGUCAGAGAACGCACAAACAUUCCUGUGCCACAAGUAUUUGGAUACAAGACCAACGACAGUAAUUCAGUUGGAGUCGCAUUUAUCCUGAUGGAGUUUUUACCCGGGAACGUCGCUAUGGACGCUGAUGGUGGUUAUAAAACUCAUAACAGGGAGAUUCCUCCUCAACACAAGACGAAUUUUUACAACGAAAUGGCCCAGGUUCAGGUAAGCAGAGAUGACAUCGGUACGCUUGCAAAGGAUAGGAACCAUUAUCAAGGGCAAGAUGGCAACUAUGAUAUUGGCCCAUUGCCGGAUUUAGGUGGACCGUUUGACACUGCAACAGCCUUCUUCGAGGCAUGGGCUGCUAAAGCCAAAUUCCCGAAAUCAAGGGAUACAAUUUAG